ACAAGUACAAGGAUUGUAUAAAGAACUUUCUCAAUCUGCAUGUAGCUGCCUAUAAAGUGAUUCCAGCUCCAGACUUCGAUGGUUGCAGCACAUUAAAGAAAUAUUAUGGGCAGCUACAUUACAUGCAGAGUCGGUUUCCUUUCACAGGGGCUGAUGCUUUAAAAGUUGUAUUUGGAUGGGCAGAUGCUUUUUCCGGUGGUUACGUGCAACAUAAUGAAUUCACAUUCGAACAGGUUGCGAUCAUAUUUAACAUCGGGGCGUGUCAUUCAAUUCUUGGACAAAUGGACAAUCGCACAUCAGAAGAAGGCAUCAAAACAUCAUGCGUUCAUUUCCAAUGUUCAGCUGGAAUGUUUCAAUAUCUGGCUGAUAAUUUGGACACAACACUCUCUGCAGAUUCAAGCCAGUUCAUGCUUAAGCUAAUUAUAAACACAAUGCUGGGUCAAGGGCAAGAAUGCUUGCUCGAAAAAUCAAUGCAAGACAACAGAAAAGAUAGCAUUGUUUCAAAGAUAGCACAACAGGUUGUGGAUUAUUUUAAAGCUGCAGUGACAAGUUUGCAAAACCAGGAAGCAAAAGCAAUCAUGGGAGACUCUCUAAAUAAAAUUUGGCUUAAACUUUUAACUUUCAAAACCACAUAUUACACAGCUAUUGCAAGGUACUACGCAGGAUGUAGUAGUUGGGAUCAGGAGCGAUAUGGAGAAGGUGUUGGAUACCUUGCGUCUGCUGUCGAGCUCUAUGAACAAGCAGUGAAAGCAUCCAAGAGUUUGAAAGGUGACGUGAAGAAUAAGGUGGAGAACGCUCUCAAAUAUUCAAGUGAUGUUUUUCAUGGAAGAUACAAUGCUGCUAAGAAAGACAAUGACUUUAUUUACCACGAAAGAACAACAAGUGUGGCGUUACUUCCUGAAAUCAAAGGAGCAUCAUUGGUGAAGGCGCUUCCCUUUGAUCCAUCCAAUACAACUGUCACAGGACCUGACAUGUUCGCUAAACUUAUUCCAUUGGAGGCACAUUUAGUUGCAUCAUCAUACAGCGAAGAGAAAGCUAAACUUCUUCGUCCAAUUGUUUCUGAACAAGAAGAAAAAGACACAAUACUUGCGCAAUACAAGGAAUCUAUUGAACUUAAUCCUGAUCAACUGAUAAAAGUUGAUGAUGCAGAUAAUAUUGAUCCUCUUCUUGUGGAGCACUGUGCUUCUCUCAGUGUUGACCAAUCUGCAAUUAAUAAACUCACUUCAGCUAUGAAAGAACUAUCGGAUCGUUACAUGGAUGUGGAAACAAUGUUGGAAGAAGCAGAGGAAGUGAUUGAUGAUGAAGAAUUAGAAACUAAACAAGUUAAGGAUGUGUGCGGAAAAACUGCUGAGUCACCGAAUGAGGUCGGCGAAAUUCGCAAGAUGCUCGAAGUGUGCAAGGAUGUCCACAGCAAGGCUCGUAAGAUGAAUGAUGACCUUCAUACUGCAAUGAAGAUUCACAUCACCAACUUACGCACCGUUGCUGAUGGUUUGGAUGCUGUGAAAAAAGAAUGUCAUCUUAAAAGCAUGGCCGAAAUACUAAGUGACGAGGAUCGAAAUCACAUCUCACUGAUGGAGAAGUUGUGUUCCAAGGUCCAGGAGAUGGAAGAGCAGAGGAGAACACUUGUGGCUCAACUGAGGAGCGAUCUGGAGGAAGAUGAUGUAACAUCAGCGCUCAUGACACGACCAGGGAUUGAUGCGGAGGAUUUAUUUCAAGAUGAGUUAAAGAAACACGAUGUAAAAAUUGGGUAUUUGAAGCAAAAUUUCACUGCACAAGAAAAUAUCCUUGAAGCGGUUACUGAAGCAAAUGUGAAAUAUGCCAAGAUUCGUAAAAUAGUGGAUGAACAUGUUAAUAAAGUGAAAAGUAAGUCCAAAGCUCUGCUCCUCUCAUGCACUGGAUAUGAAGAAGCGGUUCAAAGAUGCAGGGAAGGGAGUCUGUUUUUCACUGAGCUCCUUGGGAAGAGUCAGGAUGUAAAAGAGAAGAUAACGAAGCUGAACGAGAAGAAUUCCACUUUAAGAAAGAAGAUUAUGGAUCAGUAAGAUUUUCAUGUUAAAGACAAA